GCAAACAUGGAGGAGCUAGAGCUGGAAACCGAGCAGACACUGAAGGAUAUUAACAAAUGGUUGGAAAACACGCCGCGGUUUCCCGAGUACAGCUCAGCCAGCAACUCGCCGUCGCGCUACAUCAUGGACGAUUUCGACACGGUGCCGGUAAAGAUCGAACCGGCCGACUUCCGCAAAACCGAUUCCCCUGUCGCAGCUGCCGGCGGCGAACGAAGCGGCCAUUCUACCAACAGCACCGCUGCUGCGCAACGGGCAGCAAACCCGCUGACCGACGAGUCACACACUGCGGGCCCUCCGCCGAUCAUACCGCCGCACUCGCAGAAAAAGGAACCCAAAGAACCGAAGCGAAAGUCGCUGAAGGAAAAGCUCUGCCAGCUGGGUGCGGGUGGGCGAAGCGCGAUUCACCAUCACCGUACCACGAUCGACCGGUUGCAGCCGGGCAAGGCGAAGGGCAACCUCAUCGGGACGAUCCAGAAUCUCAACAAGCCGGACGAAUUAUUCCCGCUCGGCGCGGGUGGUGGUGCUGGCGCGGGAGGCAGCGGUGCGACCGGCAGCGGUGCCCUGAACAAGGUGAAGGAGGUGAAGAACUCGCUGAUCGUGAAGACGGACGAGUCAAAACCGAAGCUAAGCCUCGGUACCGUGCUUAAUACGGAAGGGUUCGGUAUCGUGCAGCAGCACAACUUUGCCGACGACGAGGACGAUCCCAAGCGUAGCUCCUCGUUGCUGAAGAAGGACGAGGACGCUGAGGAGGACGAACUGUUGAUCGGUACCGCAGCGAUCGGUGCUGUAAAGCCCUUAAUAAGUGCGUUGAAAACCGCAGCACUAGCGAUCACCGGUGGAAGCUCUCCCGCCGGUAGCCGCGAGGGAGGAUUGCUCUCGAAAAAGGAUGAACCUAGCAACACCACGGCCGCGGGUGAGAAAACGGAACCGGCCAGCGAUCUGGCGGAUAAACCGGCCGCAACGCCCAACCUGAACGCAUGGAUCAAGGCGUUCGGUGCGCCGAAAAAGCCGAAGAAAUCGGACGACACCGAUGAACCCGGCAAAGCUUCGCCGGCCAGCGAUAAGAGCAAGCCGAACGAGAACACCUCCACCCACCCUUCGUCGAACGAAUCGUCCAGCGGCAUUGGCAGUCUGCCGACCAUUCCCGGCAGUCUGGAAAGUCCCAGCUAUCCCACGUUGCCAACCGUACCGCGGCAGCGAAAGGCCAGCACCGGCAGCACGGUUAGCGAGCGGUCCUCGUACAGCCAAGAUCCGGACAGUCCCCGCAUCGGUAUCGACGAACGGCUCGGAGCGUAUCCCGCCCCGUACCCGAGCCCGAUCGGGGCGUCACCGAUCAUGACGUCGCCCAAGCUGGACGAUACGCAGAAGAGCCCGUACCAUCCACUGAACGGUGCGAUAAAGGUCGGGUUCUAUCAGGACACCACGCAGAAGAGCAGCCCGGAAAAGAGUUGCAGUCCGCGGGAUCUACCCUCGCCGUAUCCGCAGUACUCGCAGCAUCUGUACACGUCCAACGCUGCGAACGCGACCGGUACCGGUGGUACUACAACUACCGCCGGGAACAAUAUUGCCCCCGGCGGAGGUUCCUCGGUGUACGGCAGCUAUUCUGCGUAUGGGACUACACCUACCGGUAUCGGGUCUACCGGUACAAACGUUAACCAGCCCAGUACGGCAGCGGCAGCAGCUACGGCAAGCAGUGUGGCCGACAGUUUCAAAGGCUACGGCAAAGAGCUUAAAUCACCGGUCGAUUUCUACGACCAGUACAAACAGCCAGCCUCGCAGGAGUCGGACUACAACUCGUCGAUGAGCCCCAGUACAAAUCCCAACUCUCCAUAUCACAACCCGGCGUCAUCACCGUACCAGCAGCAGCCAAACUCGCCUUCCUGCUACCCGCAAGCGUCCUCCUCCUCCCCGUACGGGCAUCAACCGUCGUCGAUUGCGUCGCCCGCCUCGUCGGUGGGUCCGCUGUCGCCGUACAAUCCGCCGGCGGUACCGCACAGUCCGGCUACCGGACAGACCACACCCUCCAGCAUCAGUGGCCACUCGCCGUACAACCCGGGCCAGGGGCAGUCGCCCUACCACACCAAUCAGGCCCCGUCAACGGCCUCAACGUCGCCAUCGACCGGUACAGCGGUGGGCGGCGUUGCUGCCAGUGGUGGUCAACCUAAGCUGCAGUCGAAACCAAAUACGCCGCUGCACCAAAGCCCCAACUCACCGUUCUCACAGUCAAACCAAAGCUCCCCCUACUCACAGCAGGAUCCCAACUCGCCCUACUCCUCCCAAGGUGGCCAGCUGUCGCCGUUCCAGCCGAUGUCCCCGAAACCCCAGCAGCCGGCUGCUCCGUCCGCUGCCGGCAACACCAGCAACAGCAACGCCAACAAUGCGAUUAAGCUCGCUCCCCCGAUCAUCACGCCGCAACAGGCCGCCGCUGCCGCUGGCGUAAUACUUCCACCCGAAUCUCCCGCCCAUUCGCAAGCGACGACGGCCGCGACGAUCGGUGUGCAUCAGGCACAAAACCUGACCGGAUCGGGCGGCAGUACGGGCACGGGCAACAACAGUUCUGCCCCCUCAAGCACGCCGGGAACGACGAUCGCGUCCACACCGAUGCAGCUGAACUCGCACCAAUCGCCCUGGACGGCGCACCACAAUCAGUACAACCCGUACCUGAACCAUCCGGGCGAUACGGCCGGCGGGGCGGGCAGCAUGUCGUCCUCGUUGCCCCCAGCACCGGCUCAUAUGCCACCAUCUCAGCAGGGACAUCUUAGCAACGUGCACACGCAUCCAUCGCCCGCCCACACGCAGCACCAGCAGCAGCACCAGCAGCAACAGCAUCUACUGCAACACCACCAACAACAGCAGCAACACCAGCAAAGUCAUCAACAGCAACACCAACCAAAUCAUCAGCAAACGCCACACGGGCACCAUCUAGCGACGACACAGCAGCAGCAGCAAAGCCAUCUUGGCAAUCUGCUAAUGGGAUCCAACAACAACCCCUACACUUCCACGUACGGUCGGCCGUACGAUCUCAAUUCGGCGUCGGCAUCCAACACAUCGUCAUCAGCUUCAGCAGCAGCAGCAGCAACGGUGGGCGGAUCGGGAACGACCGCGACAUCAUCCAACAUUGAUCACCAUCAGGCGCCGCAACAUCAUUCCCAGCAGCAACAGCAGCAGCAUCUUCAUCAUCAGCAACACCAACAGCAGCAUUCGGCGCCGCAUCAUCAACAGCAUCCGAGUUUAAGCGGCAUCAGCAACAAGAACAGCCCUAGCACGGCCUCAAUCACCAACACUUCGAAAGUACCUGAAAUGAUCAACCUAGGCUAUAGCGAACCUGAUACCAAUAGCAGCAAACCGGCGCAGGACGUUCCAAUGAACAUGGAAUCUUCGAGCGGUUUGGGCAAGGAGAAAGCAGAUGGUACGAAGGACAACAAACAUUUGCAGCAGCAGCAGCAACAACAACAACAGCAACACCAAUCUUUCGAUCAUCAUAUGGGCAUGAGUUACGGAAACCCGAUGGAUAUUUCCAUCAGCAAAUCGAAGGCGUUCGAUAUGUUUAAUCGUGCGGCGACGAUGAAUUUCCCGCGCGGGUUCGGUGCUCCGGGCAUCCAUCAGCCGGCACCCGCUGGCAACGUUGGGGCCAACAGCACCGGCGGCUACGAUCAUCACCGCUCGUUGUCACAGGCGACCAACAUGAACAAGGCGCACGAUAUGAGCGGUGGUGGAGCAGGUUCGGCGACGGCUAGCGUGUCCACCGCACCAACCGGCUACAUCAUGCAGCCGGCGGGCGGGAAACAGGCCAAUCAACACCCAGCGGACCAGCUGCAUCUGCCCCGCUACGAUCAGCGCAGUCCGCAACAUUUGCAACAGCAGCAGCAGCAACAGCACGGUGCAACAUCCGCUUCCUCUGGGCCAUCAUCGCAACCAAGCGGCAGCGGCACCGCGUCGACGGAUCUCAGCAGCGCGGGUGGCGGCUACAAAUCAUACGGUGUACCGGGUACUCCAGCCACGGCCGCAUCGGCAUCGCUGAUGGACCCGGCAAUACGCAAUCUCACCUCCCUGUCCUCCCUCUACAACCCGGACCCGGACCGACUGCUCGGUGGUCCCGGUGCGCCAUCUGCGACCACGGCUGGCGGCUUCUACGACAAAGGUAUGCCGUCGGCCGCGCACAUGUUUGGCAAAAAUCUAUCCCAGCCGCCGGUCGCGUCCUCCUCCGCUGCCACCACGUCGGCCCUGCAGCAGAUGUUCAACAACACCAUGGCGGCCACCACGAUGGCAGCGUACAACGCCAACCGGGAGCAGCCGAACGUUGGCUCCUACGUGCCAUCGCCCAACUAUCACCAUCCGCAGCAGCAUCAGCAGCGGACCGACAUGAUGAAUGCAACCAACAUCCAGCCGCAAAAGAUGUCCCACAAUGCCAACGUACCGUCGGCUUCGGGCGGCGGUGCCGGUAAUGCGUCGGUCAGCAGUGAACCUGCGCCGCCACCGGCUAAACCCAAACGCUCGCGGAAAAAGAAGGACCAGCUAGCGCAGGAACAGGCAGCGGCGGCGGCGGCGUCAGCAGCAGCUGCAGCAGCAGCAGCGGCAGCGGCAGCAGCCCAACAGCAGCAGCAAACGCUACAUCAGCACGCAAUGCAUGCCGCCCAUCAGCAGCAGGCACUCGGCCCACAUCAAGGAUUCCCCGCCUACCCUGGGCUAAAACCAUCCAACUCUACCUCCUCCGCCAGUGGUGGUGCGGGUGGUGCUGGCGGUGGUCCACCCGGAAUGGGUUCGGCUUCCGCUGCGCCCGGUGCGGUUGGGAAUCCGGCAAGCAGCGCGGAAACGUCCGCCAUUUCGCUGAAAACGGCCAACAUCGUUCCCGGCAGCGCGUUCAAUUUUGGCCGGCCGGCUGGGCUCGGUCUGCCACCGGGUGGCCUUUACGGUGACACGUCUGCCACCACGUACCUGGAGGAGUCGUACCGCAACUCCCAAAAUCCGUACUACCUCCCGCCCAGCCAUCGGGGCACAUCGGCGACGGGCUCGGGUAGCACCGGUACCGAGGCCGACAAGCUUGGCAACCCGAUCGGCUCCCAGGCUACCCCGCCCGGGUCGGUAGCGGCGGCCGCCGCUGCCGCUGCCGUUGCCUCCGUACACGGCCCACCGCCACCGACCGCUGCCUCGCCGUACCAUCAGUUCCUGGCUUCGCAUCACGGCACACGCCCGUACCAGUUCAUGAACCAGUUUGAUCCACUACACCAACAGUACCUGCGACAGGAGGAGCUUCGGGCACAGAUGAUGAUCAACCAGGGGCUUCUGGGCGCGCCGGGUGCCGCUCCGCCUGGUGCGUACGGACAGCCCGGUUACCAUCAUCCCGCGAUCGGUAUGCACAAGCCGUACGACGCGAUGAACAGCAUGAACCGCUCGCCCUUCCUAUAACAUCCGCAACCACCGGCUGCGGGUGAACUUUUGGGAAAAACGGCACCAGUGGGGACAGAGAUGAAUGGCAGCGAAUGAAAACAAACUAAAAAACGAUGUCCCCCUUCUCGUCCUGCAUACAAAGUAAAAGGUUUACUUCAGUUGACAUUAUCAUCCGUUCUAAGAACGAUGUACGAAGGGUAGAACGAGUUUGUGCAACCUAAAAUGCUUUGCGCAUCUGUAUUGAUGUUUUCUAUUUUGGGGGAUUUUGGCAGAUUAUUUUACUUCUUCUAACCUUUUGCACAGAGUGGAAUAAGAACGGUAGUGUUGUUACUUGAAUAAUCCAUUAAAAACUAAGCAAAAAGUUACACCGAUCACAUCUUGCAAGGGUCCACCGCUAAUUGUUUGUGAAUGGUUGAAUUUGCGAACAUUUACUUCAAUUUAGUAUUUUAUGUUUUAGACCUCUCUCUUAUUUUCUUUUCCUUUUUUUCGUUUUGUAAUCAGUCCAGACCCUUGUUGUCCCUAGUUUUGUAUCAUUGUUAUGCAACUGUUGCAAGAUUGUUUCGUUGCUUAUACAAUAUGUUUAUUCGUCCCAGUAAAGAAUAAGGGAAAACAACCGUCAAUAAGUUGAAGUAUUUUUCUUUACGUGUUUUUUUUUGUAUUGUCUUUCCGACCAGAACUGAGUUGGAAUAAGGUUGAAUUGUCUCAUAAAACUACAAAACCUGUGUAUAGUUGUAGAUUCGUUCACAUUGUGCAAACGUCAUGUUUAUGCCUCGUCUUAGACGAUGAUGCAGUGAUUGUGUGAUAAAUGUAUGUCGCUGCUAAAGGAAAAGAUUGUAUUUCUCUAGCGGCUAUUAUCCUAUUUUGGUGUGUGGUGUCUCAGAAUGUUAUAAACUGCAAACGGCUGGGUUUUGUAUGAAUUAGGUUGUUUUUAAUAACGUAAAUUAUGUACUCAGUUAUGCGCAGUUUGUGAAGUAUACUUUUGGUUUUUUUCGUUGUUAUGGUCUUAAAUGAACACACACAUUGAAUAUUCUCAGAAUUGGUCGAGUGUAAAGGUUUCAAGGGUGAAAAUAUCAGACAGCAUUUAACUUUAGCCUCAACUUGUCGAAGCUACUUAGCCGCGAUUCUGCUUAAGUUCUGCUACAUAAAUAUGAAUUAACUAGUUCCCUUACUACCAAGAAGAUACAUUACCACAUUCCCUCGAUGAGUUUCCUUCACUUUUUAAACAGAAAUAUCAAUUAAUGGUAAAACAUAUUUCAUCAGUAACCGUAACACUCACAAAUAAUACCAGUCGAUAGUUCGAAUAAGUAAAUAUUGAAGAAUAUUCUAUUAUAACACAAGCAGAUGAAAACAAAAUGGUAACCAUUUCGUUUAAUACAGUAAAAGUGCAGCCACUCGCCACCCCCAGCCCCUGUACUGUACGCCUUAUUCGUCAGCGUAACUUCCACCAAAAAAAUGUGUGGAAACGGUUAAUCAUCGUUUGUCUGCAUGCAAACAGAAUAUAGGAAAAUAGAAGUUUAUCGAUCUAAGCUAAUGGAGAAUUUAAAAUAACACAAUAAUCAAACCCCCGAGCAAAGCGUAACGAGAUUAGUGAGAAAGAAAGAGAAAGAGAUAAAAAAGAUAUAAAAGGCAACAAAUUUGUUAGGAGUUGAAUAAUAAUCAAAAUUUGACUAUAGGAUCUAUUUAUAUUUGAAAAUGUAUAUCAUUGCUACACGAUCUGUAUCUGGGUUCUGAUCCUUGUUGUGAUCUUUCUGUACGGGUUCACCCCUCAGCACGAUUACCAAUCACAUGCGUGAAAGAACAAAAAUUAUGUAUUCUUUUACUGUGGUUGUACAAUUUUCAUUUCUUUAUUUUUUUGUGUGUAAACAAAAGUAGAAACUGAUCGGACGGAACAAAAACAGACAAAUUGAUCAUGUUCGCUUUUCCUUUUCUUCAUCUUAUGUUCUUUGUUUCUAGCUCUCUUUCUCUUUCAUACAAUUAAACCGAGGGCAUUCGAGAAAAUGUAAAAAGUCGUUUUUUAAAAGCACAUCAGUAGUUACAGCAACACAAACAUUAGACGAUGACGAUCGCAAUGAACAUUACGGUUGUUUAGGUUUCUUUUUCACCCUAGUAAGCCUUUUUGUACAUACAUUUAGUCGGAUAAAGAGUGCGAUCCGAUCGCUCUUGGUAAUACGAACUGUAGGCGGCGAACCUUCUCCCACGACCAAAUGUAGCGUUUUCUUUGCUGGAAAGGAAACCUUACAUACACUAUAAACUCUUCCGUUCCUUGUAUAGAUGUUGUGCGUACUGGUGUGCGUAGGUUAAGCUAAACAACUUGUUAAUUAUUAGAACAAAAGAACAAAAACAGGCAUGCGCGUAGUCUGUCGAAUUAGCGUAAUGUGGAUCAAGGCGAAUUGCUAAAAAAAUCGUUUGACAAAAUGCGAUUUUAGGGAAGAACAAUGCUAUAGCCAUCGGAAUAUAUAUUAGUUAAUACACGUUUUAAGUAUAGACUUUCCUACACCUCCACAGCGUUUCACACCAGUUGGGGAUGUGGGCGAGUGCGUACACAAAAAGAAUCGUAUUAAGUGGGUAGUAUAAGUUAUUAAACGAUACAAGACAACACAACAAUUGUACGCAACAACGGCAUAAAGAACUGUUUUCGAAACCGUACAUCUAGUGUAGUGAAAUUCCGUGCGUGUGUGUGUGUGUGUGUGUGUGUGUGUGUGUGUUUGUAAGGUUAGUCGUCAGCUGUGUGUGCCUGUCGUCGUGUGCGCAUUUCAUAAUUGCUGUGUUGAGGAUAAUUAACAACAGGAGCUAAAUUACCCCUUACAGGAAAAGGAAAUAAUUCUAGCAAAAGUUAAUUCACUAACGCAUAUGUUAACUGAUGAUAUAGCGCGUUUGAGUUGCUUUGAGUAGCAAAAGUUGUAGAGCAACAAACCAACAGCAUCCACCACAAAAGCCUUGUUUGGUUAAGAAAGCUGAAAAACUUUUUGUUGUUGUAAUGUUUUAUGUUUUAGACUAUUAACGUCUAUCCACAACAUAAUGUUUUCGGGAUUUGAAGGGGUAGUUAAAAACGAAAUUCGACAAAAA